AUGGCUCACUACUGCCAGGGAUUCUUUGGAGGUGAAAUUGGAUUGGCAAGGGUGGCCAAUCAUCUUGAUGUGGAGCGUUCUGGUGAAGCUCAUCAAGCUGGCUCGGAUAGUUUGUUGACUGCCGUUGUGUUCUUCAAGAUGACGCAACGUUUAGCCUUCUCCUCAGCAUUAUUGGAAGACCGUGCUUGUGAUCCUCCGUUGCCCAUGCUUUCCUGUUGCAGCACCUUGUGUCUACCAUUGCUCCUCACAUUCAUAGUCCUAUUCUUCCCACCUAUGGAGAGCUUGAAGGCUGUGAAGUCAGUGCUGGACCAUUCAAAGAACUCUCUAAGUUCCUCAUGGAAUCAAAAUGUUUUUCAGAUUUACCAACAUAAAGAUGAUGCUGAUCUUUUUAUAACCGGAAAAGAUGCAUGCUUGUUUGAUCUCAAACGUGUUGAAUCACAUGAAGGCUGCAAACUCAAUGGUGUUGCUCACAAGUUCGAAGCUUUCUGCACUAAGAGCAUUAAGAAGUGUCUUGAUUGUGUACACAGAUGA